AGGUAGAGACAUAAAGUUGAAAUCUUGAAAGUAACGCAGCCUUUGCUCCCGUAUUUGUUCUCCUCUUCCCAAAUCAACAGCAUUUGUAUCCUCUCCUCCUCCAUCAUCAGCUACUUACUUAUUCCAACUCCACCAUAGCUUUUGCUGCUUUAACUUUGUUUUGUAAUGGUUGUUGUCCAAGGUUCGAAAGUCCCUCUCCCAAACCCUUCAUCCCUCUCUUCCUCUCCCCACCCUCACACCUCUAUCCUUUUUGAACCCUCUUCUCUCUCUCUUGCCCUUACCCACACUGAUGCAUCCCUUUCUUUAUACCCUUCUUUCUCUCCCCUUUCUCUCACUCCCUCACAACCCCAUAACCAAACCCUUAACAUCCCUUCCCCCUCCUCCUCCUCCACCUUCCUUCUCCUCCAACAACACCCAUCGGCCGCCACAGCCGUCAUCUUCCUUGUCUCCUCCCCCUACCGCUCCCGCAUCCUCCUCCGCUUCUAUCGCCUGCGCCGCCGAGACCACUCCUCCUUCGAACGCGUCACACGUGUUAUCUGUUUGCAUAAAGACCUCUGCUUUCACCCCGGCCUUGGUGUCCUCCUCGACGACAAGCACGGGGCCACCGUCAGACUCGCUGCCUCGGUCAACUACUUCACGCUCUACGCUCUCUCCAGCAACAAGGUAUGGGUUUUCGCCGUCAAAGACGAUGAUGGUAGCGUAAACGACUGCAGCAAUAGUAACGACGACGAUGACAGCGGCAGUGGUGGUGUGAGAUUGAUGAGGCGCGCGGUGAUUGACUGCGCACGGCCGGUUUUUUCUUUGAGUGUUGCAUUUGGGUUUCUUAUUCUCGGGGAGGAGAAUGGGGUUAGGGUUUUCGGUCUUAGGAGGCUCGUGAAAGGAAAAAGUGGGAACAAGAGGUUUGAGAAUUCAAAGCAGAUGAGGAAUGGUGGUGGUGUUCGAGGAGGGGGUUUGGAGGUGGUGAACUGCAAUGGGGAUUUGGAAGGGAAGAUGGAAAGACGUAGAGUUCUUGCUGUGAAGCAGAUAAAUGUUAAAUCAAAACACGAUGACAGAGAUGGAGGUUCAUGCUUUGUAAUGUUGAAGGGAAACAAUGUUAAUACAAAUUCUGCUAUGGAGGUAUCCAUGUCUAUAAAGGCUAUUUCCAUUCAGGCUGUGUCCCAGAGGAUGUUUCUGAUCUUGGAUUCUCAUGGAGAUUUACAUUUGCUAUCCCUGUCAAAUUCUGGCAUAGGAGUAGAUCUCACUGGUAAUGUUAGGCCACUGUCUCGUACAAUGAAAGUGAAAAGUGUUGCUGUUCUUCCUGAUCUAUCUUCUAUGUCUCAGACUAUCUGGAUAUCAGAUGGAUGCCAUUCUGUGCACAUGUUCACUGCAAUGGACAUAGAAAAUGCUUUAAAUGAAGCGGACGGAAAUGAUAGCAAUGAAAAGCUUUUACGUCUCCCAGUUGUUCGAGUUCUUUUCUCCAGUGAGAAGAUCCAAGACAUCAUUUCUCUAUCUGCAAAUUCCGUUCUGAUUCUUGGACAAGGAAGCUUGUAUGCAUAUGCAAUUUCCUGAAGCUGCUUUGAGUUUUUAAUCUUUUUCAGUGGAAAUCAAUAUAUCUGGCACCCUUGAUGUUUCUAAAGUAUACUUGUGUGGUUUAUCGAUAAACCAUAUCUCUCAUGUCAGGUGCUCUGGUUGCCCUCUACUUAUAGCGCAUCCCUAUGAUACUGGAGACCAUGAAAGAUUGGCAGCAAGCGUCAUUAUGGAGUUUCUGUUUUUGGGGCUGAGAUUUUCAAGAUCUUAAAGCUGCGUGUCCCGCAAAACCUGCCAGUUAACUGCCGGAGGACAUACGUCCGACAAAGAUGUUGGCUCUUCAUCCAACUUGCUUGAUGAUCAUCUCUUGGAGUUGGUUGAAAACAUGGUUUUCUGCCAGAGAACUUAGCAAGGUUCGAUAUAAAAAGGCAUGAUCUUGGCAAUUGUGUUUUCUCCGUUUGUUAGAAAAGUGUUUACUGGAUUUCAAUUUUCUCAUUCUAGUCACGUCUAUGGUUUACUACUGUGCGAGUUUGUGGAGGUGGAGGCUUGUCUUGUUAUUUAUGCCGUGUUAACUUCAUAGCCUGUCAUGUUUUGCUCUCUUAACCAUCUCGAUUUCUUUGAUGCCGUUUUACCUAAAA